GCGCUCACUUUAUCAACGCUAUUCACCAUGGCAAACCAGUACGGAGCGAACCGCAACCUUAUGAAGCAAACCUGCAACAAAAACGUUGGCAGUAAGGUGGAAAUUUUAAAAUGGAGUCAAGAGAUGGAUUUGCUAGCGUUCGGCACUGAAAAGGGUGAAGUGUUGCUGCACCGCUUGAAGUGGCAAAAAGUGUGGCAGCUGGGCCCACCGGAAGAAGGGCUAAAAGUGCGUGGCAUAGCGUGGCGUCCGUGCGAAAAAUUCAUCGCAGUUGGCUAUAGCAAUGGAACCGUGCUCCUGAUCGAUUUGGAAACGAGGGAAGAAAUUCACAGCUUCACCGUUAACACGGACAUUACGUGCCUUUGCUGGACAGAGAAUACAGAUGAAAUUGAUUCCAGUGAUGUUAGUUACAACCACACCAAGUAUCUGCCAGAGCUUCCCGUACUUAGCUCCCUGUCCUCAUCGGCAAAGCCGCUAAAUCCCAACCGAAGCAGUUACUGCACCAAACACAUCUUAAGCAUUCUACUGAUCGGUACAGCGACCGGUCAGGUGUAUCUAUCCGCACUCGGCAUGCUAACCUGCGGAAGUAUCGAUGUGUUCGGCAUGCUGGGUCUUUCUUCCACCUCCGCGACACGCAUCCGUGAAGCAAAGAUGAGCCACGACUUUAAGCAGCUGAUUGUGGCCAUAGAGCAAGCGGAAACACUGAACGUAAUCGUACUGGAAAACGAUGUACUGUACAAAAAUCCUCCGUCGGUGCUUAACCUCGCACUGAAACACGCCCAAAUACUCAACACAAUGUCGUACAUGAACGAAACGGUCGAUUGUAUUAUUGAGGCGUGGGAAACGGUACUACUCGAGAUGGACAACAAGCUUACAAACUACGCCAAAGAUCAGCCGGAUGGAUCGAUAUCGGCAGACUUUCUCGAGCUGCUUAUGUUCGGUAACGCUUCACCCUCACUAAAGCAAUUCCUGCUGCGAGAUCUCACCGAGAAAGGACUCAGGAAGCUGGGCUACAGUAUCGAGCUGUGCUACGUUACCAUUCAGCGCCUGGUAGUGAAACCGCUCUACACCGCAAUCCAAGCGAUGUUUUACCAUUUAAACAUGCUUAAUGGAAUGGUUCGAAAUCGGUACUACUACGGCACGAUAAUGCGCGAUACGACUACCGUUACGGAGGUGCUCCGAAGCUGUGGUGCCCUUCAAAUCAAAGCCUACGAACUGCAGCAAAUGAUUGAUGCAUCGAAGCGAGAUUUUAACAUUUUCUUCCGGUGGCUUUACGUCGUAAUAGUGCGCGUAAUGGAUGAAACAUUGCAGGAAAAUCAUCCCACAAUAACGCAGCGGGAGAUACAAUAUUUGGCACAAUUUUUGUGCAAUUUUGAUACAACCGCACAAAAUAUAGGGACUGCGGAAGAUAGCCGGAUGGAAUCGCGCCGAAAAUUUAAUCUCGAACGAGUUGGUCAAUAUCUCGAAGAUAAACCACUGGUCUGUACGAUGGCAAAGGAUGAUGAGAACGGAUGGAAGCAAUUGCUCGAAGAAAAUGAAUGUUUGCGUCAAUAUGAUGCUAUCUAUCCGCACUACGAACACGCGUCACUGCUACAGCAGCAGAAGCUACUGAAAAAGAACAUUGAUCAUCUGUUUGAGGAACCGGGUAAGGUUGUUGGGGCGGACUUUAAACAGAAGAACUUGCUGACGGUUCAAACGCCGAGCGGCUCGAAUGUACGUUCGUUUGCCUUUGCAUGCCAUCCUCGUGAUCACUUGACACUGCUAGCGAUCGUUCAAUCUAACCGUAGUCUUCUGUUGGUGGAAUGUUUCGAUGAUGGAGGCCUAAAAGCGGUACGACUACACUUCGAAGAGAAACCCUACUUUGAUCAGAGGUUCGAUGCGAUCGGUACGCUUACCUUUCAGCACGUGGACUUUUACGAUGAGGACACACUUUCGCUGCUUUUACGCGCUCAGGCACCGAACGACGAGCGGACAGCGAACUGUUACUUCAUGCAGCUUAAUCUUGGCGCUGUGCGUGAGUUUUUAGCUUCAAUGGAAACGCGAGGAUACAUGCAGACGGUAACGGAGGAAGUAGCGGGUUGUCCAGCGAUAAAUGUGUACACGCUGAUCGACGAAAGUUCGCUCAAGUUACUCGAGACUGGAGAUGGAUAUAAAAUAGCCGUCUCGGGAAAGCGCAACUUGAUUGCAUUACUGUCGGAAUCGUUGAAAAACGUGCGGAUCUACGACAUGGACGGGCAGGAUGAGGAAGAUGAGUUGCUGGAUACUUCAUCGCAGAUUAACAGCAGUUUGGAAAAUAGUCAGGAAUCGGUUUAGG